UAGUUAAGCAUAUGAUUUGUACCGCGUUUUUUUGGUUUUAUUGACAUUUUGCAAAUGGAGUGAACGUUAUCACAUACAGGUCUGGGGUCAGCAGUGAUAAAGCACCAAAUGUCUUGCAGCAAGCCGUGAAAACGUGCAUGUUGUCCACCGUGGGACCAUCAAAUCCCCUGGAGAGUGGCGAGGCGAAGGACGUGUCUAUGGCCAUGUCAGCGCAGCCCCCAUUCAAGCUUUGGUCUAUUAUUAUCCCAGGAAACGGGUAAAUACAACGGGACAUCUCCUGGACUGAGCCCAAAGCCGGCUUCAGUGCGCGCGCGAGGGACAGAGAGGGAUCACACAUACCACAGAGUCCCGAGCCCCGGACUCAAUGGCGUAAACGGUGACCCUCAUUUACGCAGCUAUUUCUGGGAGUUCGGUUUAUUAACCCUCCGCAAUACACAGAUGCUUUCUCAUGUCAAAUUAGAGCCGGUGCUUCGCUCUCAGCGGGCCCACGUUCCCCGCGCGCAGCGUGGGCAUGCGUACGCUCCCAUGUGCGCGCUCAUUAUUAGUUUUCCCAAAAGUUGUGUAAGAAGUUUGGGGAGGACAAUUAAUGGAAAGCCGUCAUGAAUAGGCAACGUUGUUCCGAAAGAAAAGGGCUCAUUUGUGUCAGCCCGGAAAACAAGGAACUGUUUCACAUCUGAAAUCGAUUAAAUCAGCUCCAGUUGAAUUCUGUGAACUUGUUCUCGCUUCAACUCCUGAAAACACACACACAUUAAAAAAAGACCUGUCUGAUUCACAUCCCUUGUGUUGUUACUGUAAGCUGGCAGCGUGGGGUAAAGUAGCCUAGUUUAGUGUAACACCCGGGUGAGAAAAGGGGGGUUCUUGAUUGCAACAUCAAACACUGGUGUCGUCACUCGGUGGGGAUACGUGCAGGCACUGGCGGUUCCAAAAUAAACAUUGACGUGACUGUUGUAUUCAAAUGACAUAGGCGGGCCAAUCAGAGCCCAUCGUAUCAUUACACCUUCUUUUCAGAAAUCAUUCAUAACCCCGAUGCGUCAAACACUCCGGCUAUAAAUACGGCUGCGCGCAACGCACAGUUAGACAUUUUCCCAAAAUCAAACGAAAGACACAACUGAGCAAGAACCGUGGGAAUCCGGCUUACCUUUGAUUAUUCUCUCUACCUUGCUCUACAUUUUAUAUUCUAUAUUUAGUAUCCAGCUCACUAUGUUGGCCAUGGGUGGAUUAUAUUUGAAACACGUCGUGGUGGCAGCGGUGUGCUCCGUGCUGGCCACAGGGACGCUGGGGUCCCCGGUUGUGGGGCCAGGGCCGAUCCGAUGCGCCCCGUGUACUCCGGAGAAGCUGAGCCAGUGUCCAGCGGUGGCGCCCGGAUGCACCGAGGUGCUGCGGGAGCCCGGCUGUGGAUGCUGCCUCGCCUGCGCCCUGAAGGCUGGGGAGCUGUGCGGAAUCUACACGGCGCCGUGCGGCUCCGGUCUGAGGUGCACCCCGAGACCCGGCGACCUCCGGCCGCUGCACUCCCUCACCCGGGGACAAGCCUUGUGCACGGAGAGCACUGAGCCCAAGCCGACCCCCGAGACCCAGACACAAGAUCAGGGAGAGCCAGAGGCUGAGAUGGAGAACCAAGCCAUCGUCUCGGACCCCGUCUCCAGCCACUACCUCCCCGGUCACAGUAAGCCCUACGACCCGAGGGCUGCUGCCGACGCUCAGGAGAGCAUGAAAGCCAAACUCAUCGCCAACCGGAAGAGGGUUGUCGAGCAGGGGCCCUGUCACAUCGAGCUGCAGAGAGCCUUGGACAAGAUUGCCAAAUCCCAGCAGAAAUUAGGAGACAAAUUAACCAGAUUCUACCUCCCCAACUGUGACAAACAUGGGCUUUAUGAACCCAAACAGUGUGAAUCCUCUCUGGACGGGCAGAGGGGUCGUUGCUGGUGUGUGAUUUCCUGGAACGGCAAGAAGAUUUUAGGUUUGACCGACCUGCCUGCAGAUGCCGAGUGCCCUUAAAGAGAUCCAACCACUGAAGAAGAUCUCGACAAUACAAAAAAAAAAAAAGAAGAAGCAAGCCACUGAUUUUCCUUUUUGAUAGCUGUUUAUUUAUUGAUCUUGUCCAUGGUGGUGUUUAAUUCAGGUACACUGUCAUUGUGGGACUGUAGGUCCCAACCACCCUGAACCCCCACCCCCCCCCCCC